UGCAAGAAAGAGUGGUGAUGGAAACGAAUGGUCGCGUUCUCCUGCUCAGACGUUGCUUGCAUCAACCAAUGGCUGCGUGCAACGUCAUUGACCGUGUCAUCGAUUGACAGAUUGCUAUAACAUUAUGACGUGUUAGUUGAUACAUAAAAUACCUAUACCUAUCCAGGCGUUGUAAGAUUUGGCAUGCUUCAGCAACUCCUAGGCAGAGCAGCGCUGGCGACGGCCAUUUUAGGACUAUCACGGUUGCCGAAUACUUCUUAUGUUUUUUUUUCUUCUUGAGUGAGAUAUAUUUUAUUAUAGGGGAGGAUAUAAGAAAGUUGUUUUUAUUUCCCCGUGAUUUAUUUAACUCAUUCGGGAUGCAGUUCCGAAGGUAUAAACAUGUUGCAUCCAUUGUCAGAGUCGUCCUUGGACUAUUAUGUGCAGUGGAGGCAGCCAAAGUGAAUAAGCACAAACCAUGGAUUGAGACGACGUAUCAUGGCAUCGUAACGGAAAAUGACGACAAAGUACUUCUGGACCCUCCACUAAUCGCCCUAGACAAAGAUGCCCCAUUGCACUACGCAGAAAGUUUUGAGGUGACCAUCACCAAAGAAGGUGAGAUUUGCGGCUUCAGGAUCCAUGGGCAGAAUGUCCCCUUUGAGGCAGUUGUCCUGGAUAAGUCCACGGGCGAGGGGGUCAUUCGGGCGAAGGACAAACUGGACUGUGAACUCCAGAAGGAGCACACCUUCACCAUCCAGGCCUACGACUGUGGAGAGGGCCCAGACGGAGCCAACAAGAAGAAAUCCCACAAGGCCAUUGUCCACAUCCAAGUGAAUGACGUCAACGAGUAUUCGCCCGUGUUCAAGGAGAAGUCAUACAAAGCCACGGUCAUCGAGGGCAAGAAGUAUGAUAGCAUCCUAAAGGUGGAGGCGGUGGACGCCGACUGCUCAUUCCAGUUCAGCCAGAUCUGCAGCUACGCAAUCGUCACCCCCGAUGUGCCCUUCAUCGUCGACAAAGACGGCUUCAUCAAGAACACAGAGAAGCUGAACUACAGCAAAGAGCGCAUGUACAAGCUGACGGUGACUGCCUACGACUGUGGGAAGAACCGUGCCUCAGAAGAUGUCCUGGUCAAGAUCAGCAUUAAGCCCACCUGCAAGCCCAGCUGGCAAGGCUUCAACAAGAGGAUCGAGUACGAACCUGGCACAGGCAGUCUGGCCCUUUUCCCCAGCAUGCACUUGGAGACCUGCGAGGAGACAAUCACCUCCAUCCAGGUCAACAUUGAGCUGGAAACCAAUCACAUCGGAAAGGGCUGCGACCGAGACACCUACUCCGAGAAGUCGCUGCACAAGCUGUGCGGUGCCAGUGCUGGCACGGUGGAACUACUGCCUGCGCCCAGCAGCUCUGCCAACUGGACUGUAGGUCUGCCCACGGAUAACGGACAUGACAGCCACCAGGUGUUUGAGUUCAACGGCACGCAGGCCAUCAAGGUGCCCGAGGGCGUGGUGAACACCAGCCUGAAGGAGCCCUUCACCAUCUCAGUGUGGAUGAGGCACGGCCCCGGGGCCAGGGAGAAGGAGACCAUCCUCUGUAACUCGGACAAAACAGAGAUGAACAGACACCACUACUCCCUCUACAUCCACAACUGCCGCCUCAUUCUCCUGCUGCGCCUGGACCCCGCCGAGUCAGAGAACUACAAACCAGCCGAGUUCCACUGGAAACUGGACCAGGUGUGUGACAAAGAGUGGCACCACUACGUGCUGAACGUAGAGUACCCCUCCGUGGCUCUAUUUGUGGAUGGGGCCACCAUCGAGCCCUUCCUGGUAACCGAAGACUACCCCCUGCACUCCUCCAAGUUCGACACGCAGCUCACCAUCGGGGCCUGCUGGCAAGGCGAAAACGCUCACAUGUCCCAGUUUUUUCGGGGGAAUCUGGCCGGGCUGAUGAUCCGCUCAGGAAAGCUGGAGAACAAGGAGGUGAUCGACUGCCUUUACACCUGCAAAGAGGGCCUGGACGUGCAGCUGCCUGAGGAGGUGGCAUCGGCCGUCAAGGUGGAGUUCAACCCCAACCAGUCGUCUCUGAACGUCGAAGGUGAUGACAUCAAGGCUUUUGACAAGGUCAUGCAGCACAUCUCCUACCUGAACUCACGCCAGUUCCCCACCCCUGGCAUCCGACACCUCCGCAUCUCCACCACCCUCAAGUGUUUCAACGAGGAGACGUGCAUCUCGGUGCCAGACGCGGAGGGAUACGUGAUGGUGCUGCAGCCUCAGGAGCCCAGGAUCAGCCUGAGUGGCAUCGACCACUUUGCCCGCGGCACCGCUGACUUCGAGAGCCCCAAGGGCGUGACGCUCUUCCCCGAGCUGCGCAUCGUCAGCACCAUCACCCGCGAAGUGGAGGCCGAUGACGAGCCCGAGGCCACCGAGGGGGCCGAGGACGACCCCACAGUUCAAGAGACUGUGGUGUCGGAGGAGAUCAUGCACAACCUGGACACGUGCGAGGUGACUGCUCUGGACGAGGAGCUGGACGGAGAGCAUGAGACCCUGGAGGUGGACCAGGCCCAAGUCCAGCAGCGUGGCCUGGAGAUGACUUCCUCCAACCUGGGCCUCGUCCUGACAGGCAUAAACACCAUGGCCAACUACGAGCAGGUCCUGCAACUGAUCCACUACAGGAACUGGCACACGGAGGCUCUCUUUGACAGGAAGUUCAAGCUGGUCUGCUCCGAACUCAACGGGCGCUACAUCAGCAACAACUUCAAGGUCGAGGUCAACGUGAUCCACACAGCCAACCCCAUGGAACACGCUAACAAUGUCAAGGUUCAGCCAAACUUCAUCAACCCAGUGCAACACGCCUCUGUGGACCUGUCUGGACACAACCUGGUCAACGCUCACCAGGCCUCAGUGGUCCCCAGCGCCGCCACCAUCGUCAUCGUGGUGUGCGUCAGCUUCCUGGUGUUCAUGGUCGUCCUGGGCGUGUUCCGGAUCCAGUCGGCCCACAAUCGCACCAUGAGGGACACAGAGGGCGGCAAGGAGAACGAGAUGGACUGGGACGACUCGGCCCUUACGAUCACGGUCAACCCCAUGGAGACUUAUGAGGACCAGCACAGUAGUGAGGAGGAGGAGAGUGAGAACGGCAAGGAGGACGACGACCCGAUAACGAGUGCAGAGUCGGAGAGCAGUGAGGACGAGGAGGCCGAAGAGCCAGAGGACCAGCAGGGUGCCAGCAGACAGCAGCAGCUGGAGUGGGACAACUCCACACUCACCUACUAACAGACACGCACAUACACACGUACUCAUUAAUUUACACAUACACACACACUUGUGUGUGUGUGUGUGUGUAUAUAUAUAUAUAUAUAUAUAUAUAUAUAUAUAUAUAUACACGCAAACACACAUGACUCAGUCAUACCUACACAAGUCCUCAUCCUCACUACCCCUCUUAACCAGUGGGGGCACACCCUUACAAAUUCCUUACAGAGGAACCAUGAUGUAAAAACACAAAACUCCCUUAAAAGCUAUAUAUGGUCAAGGUUUCCCUGUUGUCAUCUCAGUGGUGGUACUCAGUGUAGUAUAGUAAUCACCUGAUUGUGAUUUCUUCCUUCUUUUUUUUUUACAGAAAAUGUUAUUCCCAGGAACAACAUUUGCAUUUUGUUUUGAGCUAAGUGAGGAACCAACCUUGCACUUGUAUGUACGGCUUUCAAAAUGGAGAAUGAUUUUUUUAAAUGUAUGUUCCUUGUGCAUCAAUUUUAGAUUUGUUUGCCACUAAAUGAGAGAAACAUUGAUCAUCAGUUAUUUUUUCUUUGUGUGCUUGAGUUGUAGUCCGGAGAGUGAAACGAUGACGUUUUAGACACUUAGACCACAUAUUUAAAUUGUUCUCCUUUUAGUGCAUGAGGAUAUUUGAACAAGUCAUAUGUGUAUAUGAUUAAAUUGCUUUUUAAUAUUUUGUAAAUAUCAAUAAACCAUGUCAAUGUGUUAGUGAAGACCUAAACAAAGGGGUCCAAUAUCUAAAAGGACGCAAUACGUUGUGUAGAAUAUUUUUGUCACAAAGGCUAUAUAUAGCAUGUUGCAAAUUUUAUGGCAAAGCUCUUCCGUCAUGCUUGUACAAAAUGUCCGCUUCAAGAAAAGAAACCCAGACCCUGAACGGGUUUCUAUGACAAAGUGUUGCUAAUUUUGUAUUUUCUUUUGCAAGGAGGAAGUUGUUUCUUUGCUUAUUGCGGACAGGACUGGUCGAUUUAGCUUUUGGCUCCUCACAUGCUACACUUUGCUUGGCUUGCACAUUUGGCAAUGCAGUACUAAAGGUGAUAAUGUAUUUCAUUCCCAUUCUAGUCUAUUAUUGUACAGAAGUAAAAAAAUAUAUACUGUAAAUAAUCACAUUCAGUAAACCAGUGCCUUCAGAAAGUAUUCAUAC